GUGGGGCAUAGGCGCUGAGCCCGCGCGCUGAUCUCGCGAGAGCAGUAGAGGGCGGAAGCGCGUUCUGUGCAGGAUGAGCCUACGGGUUGUGUUCGUCUUGCUGAGCCUCGCAGCGGCGGGCUCCAUGCAGUCCACUUCUGCGACAGUCGCCUUAGCACUCGCUCCGAGGAGAGGUCCGGCUUCUACAGGAGACUCCAGGCAGCACAUCUCGAGCCCGCAGCCUGAUCAGGAACACAGUGACAGACCCUCUCUGAAUCAGAAUACCACGAAAGCCGUCCCUGGCAGUUCGGAACCCGACCGGCUCGCCCGGCACCACAAGAAUGACGGCCUUGGCAAUUCCUCCAGAGAGCAGUCCACCAAGUCAGUCUCCAGCCCCUCUUCUGAUAACAAGGAGCCCACCAAGCCUGAUUUAAACACACUAGCUGACAAAGCUCUGCAGCCUUCCAGAACUGAAUCUGGGGAAAAAGCAUUGCUAGACUCUGACCCCUCUUCUACCCAGCAGGAGGGAGAAGGUAAGUCUUUAGAAGCACCUGAAGAUGAGGAGCCCAAGGAGACUGAGGAAGGGGAUACAGAGCCUGAAGAGGGUGCACCACCCAAAGACGAGAAAGAAAUGCCUGGCCCUGCCUCCAGUGAGAACCGUGAAAGCACAGUUUUGAAUACCUGGAGUAGGGAGAAGGAUGACCUUUAUAAGGAUAAUCUUGGAAGUUCCAGUGCAGAGAGCAGCCACUUCUUUGCAUAUCUGGUGACAGCAGCCAUUCUCGUUGCUGUCCUCUAUAUUGCCUACCACAAUAAGCGGAAGAUUAUUGCUUUCAUCCUGGAAGGAAAAAGAUCCAAAGUUUCACGGCGGCCAAAGGCCAGUGACUACCAGCGUUUGGACCAAAAGCUUAUUUGGGAACUUCCCUGGUGGUCCGGUGGCUAAGGCUCCGCGCUCCCAAUGCAGGGGGCCUGGGUUCGAUCCCUGGUUAGGGAACUAGAUCCCACAUGCCGCAACUAAGAGUUCACGUGCCGCAACUGAAGGUCCCACGUGCCACAACUAAAAAGAUCCAGCAUGCCGCAACUAAAGGUCCCACACGAGGCAAUGAAGAUCCUGCAUGUUGCAACUAAGACCCGGCACAGCCAAAUAAAU